GUGGUGGUUCGGGUAUCUCCAAAGUGAUGUCAAGUAAUUAAGCUGAUGAGCAAGGUAUGUCGGCGAUCGGUGCCCUCGAAAACCCGAGUAAUUAUGUGGAAAGCAUGGAAAUGUGAGCGAAGUCUGUACAGCCUGUCACUGCUGACGGCACGAGUAGCGUUAGCAGUUUAGCCACAACUAGCAGUGCAGCCACCAGACCUAGGCAGUGAUUACUCAUAUCAUUUACGUUUACAUCAUCUAAUGUUUACAUUUUAAGGCGUUUCAUUAUCUCUGAGGGGGCAAUUUGUUUAUUUUGGGUCUUGCGUACCUGCAAAAACUAAGGACUGUAAACUAGUUCACUGUAUUAUCUAGUAUUUAUCUAUAUUUGUUGUACUGUUGAAUUAAAAUAUUUUGUUAUAUUUUUCUAAAUGUAUCUUAUUCAAUUUAUUUUGUUAUUUACUUUGUAUGUUAAUAAAAAGUUUAACUAAUCUCUAGUUUCCUUAGUUUUUAGUACAGAUGCUUUAAAACAGACAGUUAAAAAAAAAUGGUGAUAAUAAUCGAGAUUGAAUGAUAUGACAAAAUGUAUCCUGAUUCCUUUUUUUUUUUUUUUUGCCAAAUCGCCCAGGCCUAUUUCAUCCCCUAGUUUUCGCAUUGCAAAUCAGUGCCAGAAAGAAACCUAAACGCCAGAAACUGCACAGAGAAAAAACACAAAUCCACACAACUUUUACCAAACAAAGGCAACACUACUUUAAAAUCCAUCACCCAUACAGCCUGUAACAAAGUCUAAUGGCAGCUAGAUGCUAUAAAGGUUAUAUUUACAUGAAAACAUACUGCAGAUGUGUCCUCCAACAGGGAAGGCUUGUGUGUGUGUGUGUCACUCCAUUGUUUGCCUUCAAAGCAGGCACUUCCAAGGCAAAGGGCCCGAGCACGUCUGACAGUAUUUGCUGUGAUCUGUUUGAACAAGAACAAUCUUGGCACAGACUUGUUUGUCCACAGUAAUCCACUAUAAUCCCCGUGCAGCCUUCUCUCUUAGGUCCAUACACGCCUCAUCUUUUUUUACCCCAUUAAACACGGAACAUCUUUAGACUUCACCAAACAACAUCACACACCCAACAGUGGCGAUUUCUGUUGCAGAAAACAGCAAAAAAACCCAACCACUUGAUGAUCGCCUAUGAGCCAUUUCGUCAACUAACUUGUUGCUGUUGUUCAUGUUGCUCUAAGACACUCAUCACUCAACACCGCAGCCCAACAAUGAAGGUAGAUUUAUGUGCAUUUGACCACCCCUAAGACAAAAAAGGCACACAUACAAAAAUCGGGCGAUUCUUUCCACAGAUACAGCAACUUUGCAUCAUAGGACCGCGGCGGCUGAAGUUAUAAACUCCUACCUCCCAUUUGACGAGUUUCCUCCGUUUCUGUUAUCCUGCUCGGCCUCGAAGACAAGCCGAGCGACGGUGCGAGGGGUGAUGUUAAAAUCCACUUUUUCGCAGGAACACAUCAACAUACUUAUCUGCGUGGAGAAGCAUCUGCCGGCUGCUGCUAACAGUUAGCUCCUAGCCAGCUAACCGAGACCUGUUGUGGAGGCCGACAGCGCACUAAAAUAACUAGCAGCCUUUAAUUCUCAGAACAUAAAGUACUACGCCGACCUCUCCCAUUUUCACUCCGAAAACCACCCCGGUGUAAUGGAUGAAUUUCGAACUUAAUUUCCGACAAAACACCCGAGUUUGCUUCGCCUUCGUGGCGGUUUGAAAGUAAAAGACAAAACGGUUUAUUGUCGAAAAGUGAAAAGAGACGAAGUCAGUCAGUUGGGCGCCUAACUAGAUACGAGGGGUGUUACGAGACGUUAGAUAAAGAAAAUCUGAUCAUUUUUCUUAUUUUUUUUCCUAACACAUACACCCCUUUCAUCUAAUAAGGUAUAAACAUUAUAUGAUUUGAAAAACGAUCACAAAAUAAGCGAACAAAUACAAAAACAGGGAGCAAAACAAAGCGAGCACCCCCCCGUCAAACUUUGUGGUACAGUCCGAGGAAAUAACUGUUCAGAGGAUGUGGCGAUAGAAGGAGACGACUGUUUCCACUACACCGCACCAUAACACACAAAAUCUGUGCAAUUAUCAACUAAUACGGUUUCUUACGAUUUACUGCCAUCAAUUUGAAAAUCCCGCUUGCAUUAACUUUGCCCAGUGACUUGCUGUGGCUGUUUUAUGCCGGGGAGAAGCAAAAGAAACAGCCAUGUAUAGUUUUCGUUACCUACAGUCAACAAUAAAGAAGUCAACAACAGAGACCAAACCUCCUGGUAGUAUGAAUCAGGUAAAUCUACAAAUUUGGCAUUAUUUCAGAGGUAAUUUGAAGGGAGCUCUAUGUGGCUGGAAUGAAUGGACUAUAUAAUUGCGACCUCUUGUGUUUAAAAUGAUUCAGUGCAGUAUUCCACUAAUUUACCUCAGUAUCUUAUACCUCAUCAUGUAGAGUCUCAUAAACUGAAUUAAAGCACUGGUAAAACAAAACAACAUUUUUAUUCAUUACUGCUUGUAGAUUUGAUUUUUCUUUUCUUGUCCUUUUUGCUAUGAAACAAGGAAGUGUUAAAGACAAAUGGAGCAUAAAUCUCACCCGGUGACUCCUGCUGCAGCAUUGCUUCAAAAACAAAGUAUUUCAGGCACAGUCCUGGACAUACGGAGAGCUGGGUUAAAAGAGGAUUCACUGUCUGUAAUGGAAAGAAAACAUAUAUAAGUAUCUCUGGACAAAAUGGUACAUAUUAUAUACUUUAUUUAUGUUUUGUUAUGUGUAAAUCAUUAUUUUUUGAUACGUGAACUAAUCUCAACAAAUUUGUCGUUGAUGAUGAAAUAACCAUGGAUUUAUUCAUAUGUAGCAGUUAGAUCUCCUCUGUUCCACUAAAUGUUAUUAAAACUGCACUCUGCACCUUUAAAAUAUGAGGAAACGAGUGUAUUCUAUGACUGUGCAUUUGUUUAACCCUUCUUAUCAAAGAAAAUAACCAUAUAUUUAUACAAAUGCAAAGUAUGCAACAUAAAAUGAAGAUUUAGAUUAAUUAAUGUUGUUUAAAUGAAUAAAUAUAUGAAUUAACAGCGAAUGAGGGCAUUACUUCAGCACUGAUGAUGCAUUAAGUUUGUACCCCUAUUAUAAAGUGUUACCUAUAUAUUUAUGUACUGACAUGAUAUUUUCAUUUAGCUAAAUUUACAUUUAAUAAUGCAUAUUGAUUUAGAUGUACUCAAACACAACAUAACGAAAGGAAAAAGCUAAAAACUAUUAAUAAAAAUAUAAUCAAUAAAUGUCAGAGUUUGUUUUUCCAAUUUUAAAGAAAUUGCUGUUGAUUUUUAAGAUUCGUUUUAGUGACACGUUUGGAUUUCAUCGCAAAAAAUUUUUUUUUAAAAAUCCCCUAUGUAUAUUUGCAAAAACUUGCAUGUAAAAAGUUAAUCUAAUGAAGUUUGAAGAAAAACAUUUUAUUUUGUCAUUGGCAGAAACACAUUCAGUCAAGUAACACCUUUUGUUUAAAAAGUACUCUAAAUAUUAAAUAGUAGAACAUAUUUUCUGCCUGGAGUCAUGAUUCAGUACAGUACUUUCUGAAUAAAUCCUGCUGAUGCAGAUUUAAAGGUUCCAUAAGAACUAAUGCUGUUUCAUUACUCACCCCCCGCACUGUAUCUGUACGGACACUUUGCAUGUUUCAGUCUCAUUUACAUAUUGUUGUGCUCUCACUGUGCCAGGCUGUUUUAAAAUACACACCAGAGCAGAUACCAUCAUGCUACACACUUUCAGAGGAGAUUUUAUGUAUCACAGAGAGUAUCAAAUCUUACUAAAUUAAUCUGGAAAAACAGCUUGAAUGAAAUUGCCUUUACCUGCCUGUCUGUUUUAAUCUCAUGCGGCGGUCGAUUCCUUUCAAGUCGAUGGCAGAGCAUCACAAUGACUUAGCAAUUUUAAAUUCUCCAUACGUUCACCAUCUCCAGUCUCCUCACUGUCUGUGUGUCCCCUCCUCCUGCGAUCAGCACUCCAGUAUGAAGAUCUGAGGUCUGUGUUACACAUGCAGCCCCGGCACAGACAGAGCUCCAGGAUACCGGGAGUUGUGUUGCUGAGCACCUCUGGCUGCUGAAUCGCCGACUGGAAACUCGAUCUGUGCUAAAAAUAAAAAGACAUCAGCAGCAUAACGAGAAAGGAGGUGUGUCAUUCACUGUGUGUAUGCUUGUGUGGGGUCACAGAGGGGCAGCCCACCCCCUAUAUAGUCAACUCACACACACACAUACACAGGUUUAUCAUAUGUCAACAUUUCCUUGAAGUUUCCCCUCAUGUGCAUGCCGGCCUCAAGGUCUUCGUCCCGGCAUCUCGUGGCCACAUGUGUGUCAUUUUCAAGAUUGCUCUGCAGAUUUUUCAUCGCCAUUAUCAUUCACAGGCUCACACAAGGUUAAAAGAGACAAGGACCCUUAUCAAGAGCCGUGUGCUUCACCAUGUCAUCUGGUUACAUCACAUGACAACAUCCCUGACCUCCAACGCACUCAAAAUACACAAACGCACAAACACGUACACAAGAAAAACACUGGCAGAAAAACAGAGCGUGUCCUACCCCUGAACACUGUUUGCCUUUUUGUUUUACGUUAGAGUGAGAUAUGUUUAAUUUGAUUUGACGUGUUAGAAGGUGUUUCCCUUUUAAGAAGACGGAAAACAACUCAUUGCAUUCAUCAAGUCAACACGUAGGCAGCAGAGACCACGUGAACCUCUCCGUCAUGGAUGUCAGCACGCAACACGAGGCCUUCAGUCAGUGUCUGUUUUGGCAGCCUUGACUUCAGUGGCCUUGUUUUUUUUGACAGGCCAAACUGGCGUGGACUGACUGUAAUAGCGGGUAUCAAAACUGAUUGAGAAGAAAAGGGUGUCAAGAUGAUAAAAACGUGUGAAAUCUGAACGAGCGCUGUGUUACAGUGAAAGGAAUACGUUUGUGGAACAAUCUGAACAAAGAAACUAAAAAAACUAAAUCAAAUUUUAUCUUUAAAAAAAAGUGUCAAAGGCAGUAUGUCGAGUAAAUACAGGGAAAUAUGUUAAUCUAAGUCUUGGUAUGUUUGUUUUGUGAAAAAAAAUGUGUUUGUUUUGCAGGUUGUUUUUGAAUAUAAGAAAUAAUUAACUGUAAAAAGGCGUGUUGGUCUGCAGCCCCUUUUUUAUUUUUUAUUGUGUGUUAAGUUGAUUAAUAUCUCAUGAAAGAGGAGCAGACUUUAAGAUUUUUCUUCUUUCUGCUCCUUUUCAUUCACAUGUUUGAGAUUUCUCCUUGUUUGUACUGAAUGUUUUAUAUUGGAGUGGAAUUUGCAACAGCAUUUAAGAGGUUUUAACACUCCUUCCUUAAAGCCAAUGCAAGGAGUUUGUAAGUGGUUUUGAAAUAGAUUGAAACUGAUAGUGAUGCGUCUUCAUGACCUACAAAAGCAAAGAUGACCAACGGCAACCUGUCUGACCAAUUCCAUUUUAUAAUUUUUACUGCCUAAAACAGCGACAGGUCAGACCAGAACACUGAAAACAAUCUUUUUUACAUUCUCAACAGCAAAAAUUUACAAUCAGGGACACAUGGGACACUGUUUGAAGAAAGCAGGAUAAGUGUUUCCUUUUUUCAGAAAGCUAAUCUGGGAUUCAGAGCACAAGAUUAUAUAAAGGGUAAAAUGCACAUCUUUGCCCUGAGGGGGUGCCAAAAUCAACACAAACCUUCAAGCCCCUCAUAGCUUUUAAGUCGGAAAAGUACAGAGAACUAAGAUGCUCCUUCCAGACGAGUGCGAAAUUCCUGAAAAUUUCCAGAAAGUUUGACAUGUUUGCUGCAUUCUGCUAUCCCCCAGAAUAAUUUCAAGGUUAAAUCCAUGUGAGCUCAUGUGAGAGUGCAGCAGAAAAUCUUCUGGAUGCUGCAGUAGUACGAAUCAAUGACAUCAAUCAAUCAAGCGGCUGCUGGAGGAGAGUAGGUGAGUUGUGUUAAGUCUCUUUGCUAAAGAAAUCAGGCAAAGCUAAAAAGAUGUUUGGUAUCUAGUACUAUGGCUAGGACCCUAUAUGUCCUGUUGAUAAAGUUAGGUGCUGUUCUGAGCAUUAUUUGUGGCGUUUUGGUUGAGCGUGUGGCUCUCUGUAUUACUAUCGUGUGGUCGUUACUAAAGUUGGUUUAACUAGAGAAGAAAGCGGUCGGCAACAUUCAUCUCUCGAGGGGGUGUCUAACUCAGUGUUCCAGCGUGUUUGACCCUAACUUAAUUUUACGCCGAAGUAUCCCUUUAACAGGGAUAAGUUUACUGUAAGACUAAGGCAGCAUAUUUCAGUUCACUAGUGUGAAACUCUGAUGUCAGAGUUUAUGAAAGUUAUUUUUUAUAUUGCAUUUAAACUCCCUAUUAAAAGGCGUUUCCAUUUUAGGAUCACUUUAUAUCAAACUCCUACUCUCUCUUUUGCAUCGCUGUGGAAAGCACUGUUAUACAAAUAGUGUAAAAGGUGAGACAUCUAAACCAGAGUGUGAAAUCUGGACCUGGUGAAAUCAGCUCAACAAAGACAGACCCUCAGAAAAAUAGUUUCAAUCAGCUGAGACAUGCUGGAUCAUUCUCUCAUGAGCAAAACAUUCAAAACACUGGAGCAUCAUCAUUGCUGAUAUGUCUUUAAGCCACGCUCUGAGCCCGAGUCAGCUUGGGGUCCCAUCAGCCACCAUGACCUCUGACCUCUGGGAACAGAGCAUUUACUCACAUGUAAAAAUAAAGCAUUUACACCAAGGUAUGGUGCAGCGAUCCCUUUAAGCCCUGCAUGUUUGUUUGCUUUGGUCUGUGCACCAGUUUGUCCUGGAGGAUUUGACUAACAAAACAUGCUUGAAAUGACUUUGCAUCGCAGACCUGCUGCUUUUAUUCAUACAGACAUGAAAUUCACUGCUUUGAAUGUAAUGAAGGAGAAAAUCAAAUGAGGAUAAGACAUAUGAAAAUAAGAGUAAGAGGAUUUGAAACUUUCCUUGAGUGAAACAGCUGUUUGAUGUGUAACCAGGAGAAACAUGGCUGCGGUCUUGCUUCACAAGGUCCUGCUGUAGUUCUGGAUCAAGUCUCAUCAGCUCAGGUUUCCAACACAGCAGUUCUACUAGAUUCACACGCUCUAAAUUUAGCUGCCUUAAAGUCAGACAAGACUGAAGGAGACUAUCGUGGAGAGACUUAAGACCUGGGUUUUUUCUUGUAAACAUUGUCUCCGUUCUGAGAUUUUCUGUUUAUUCUGGACUUCCUGAAACACACGAUUGUUGAGAUGAUGGACUGACAGAUCUUUCUGGAUUAAGACUAGACUAAACUGGCAUGAGGAAUUCAGGGGCUUCAUGUCAGUAAUAUAAUCUUAAUCCCAGGGGAUAUUUCUCUGCAGGUUUACGUCAAGAAGAGUUCAACACUGUUUCCAACAGCCGGCAGAAAUGGUGUGCUACGUUUCUCUUCUAGUUAUCUUCAGUCUUUUCUGUAAGUACAAACUCAUUUAUGACUUUUUACUCAUGGAAAACUUCAUGAUGUUGGCGGUUGAAGUCGCACUCUUGGAAGCGAGUUUGUUGAUUAACCUAAUCUCUUUCUUUUCCUGGUCUUUUCAUGAUAAAAUCAAACAAUAAAAAACAUUUAAGAAGACAGCAAGAGAGUUGAUCAAGUUGUAAGUGAAUUUUACAAGCUACUUGACGUUAACUGUUUUCGUAAACAAACCCAAACUCCAAUAAAGCUGGGAUGUUGUGUAAAACAUGAACAGCUGUUCCUAAACAGCUGGGUCAGGGUCAUGUUUACCACUGUGUUGGACUUCUUUCCAAUUUUUGCUGGAUGGACCACUUCAGUUCCUCAACAGUCUGGGGUCUCCGUUGUCAGAUUUCAUAACGCUCCAUAGAUUUUCAAUGGGAGACAGGUCUGGACUGCAGGCAGGCCAGUCCACUAUGACGCCCCACUGGGUUGUCUUCCUGAAAUAAACAGGGUUGGUUUUCAGUGUUGGUUUUUGGCCUUGCUGCUUACGUGCAGAAAUUUCUCUGAAUCUUUUGAUGAUGUUUUGGACUUUAGAUGAUCAAAUCCCUAAAUUACCACAGUUGUAGAUUGCGCUCAAACUGUUGGACUAUUUUCUCACACAGUCGCUGACAAAGUGAUGAACCUGGCCCCAUCCUUGCUUGACCCUCACCUGUUUAACCUGCUCACCUGUGGAAUGAUCCAAACAGGUGUUCUCGAGCAGUGUUCAGUUUUCUGGGUACAGUUACAAAGAAAAACACGAAGAAAAUGUAGUAUUUUCCACUUAAAUGUGUUUUUUAAGUCCAACCUGUUCAUUUACUCAUGAAAUCCCUGGACUGAUUUACUCCAGUGUCUUCAUCUUUUCCUCUUCCUCACCCUCUCUCCUCUCCUGCAGUGUCUCGGUGCGAUGCUGGCUGCUCGGAGGUCGACUCGCUAACGGAAGCCGUUGCAGGACAAGGGUUCCUGCUGGGCUGCAUCUCGUGCAAGAGGCGAGAAGAAGUUUCUGCCCGAGCCACCGUGGACUGGCACUUCAAACCGCUGGGAGAGGAAGAGGAGGAGUUCAGGCAUGUGAGUUCACAACCAGAGCCACAAAGAGGACUGUUGAAUGUGGUUUAAGGAAGAACAACAACUGGAAGUGUCCUUCGUUCUUCUUCCAGGACUCUGCAAAUCUCUGGGGACAAGACUCGCUCUUUCAUAAGUUCCAAAAGUUAAUUGUGGAAAAAGUCAGUCAUUUUUUUUAAUAUAAUGCCGUAAAAUAAUUCUAGACAGGGCAUUCAUUUCUUCUAAAUUUCACUGAUAAAAGUUUACUGAAAAAAUGGUUGUUUGAGUCAAUAAAAUUAUCAAAACUUGACAAAAAGUGAAAACAAACUGCAAGAUAAAUGAAUAAAACAUGAUUCAAAGCUUGCUCUCUGGUUCAAGACUGUGAAUGUGUCUUUUUCAGAUUUUUCACUAUGACCACCCCAGCGCCAAAGUCCUCCAUGAAAACUUUUCCAACCGCCUGGAGUGGCACGGGACACUGGAUACAGAUAUACAGAUAGGAGCCGUCUACAUCCAUAAUGUCUCCUACAACGACAUGGGGAUGUACCGCUGCACCAUCCACCGCACACUCUUCCUGCCACAGUACAACGAGCAUGUGAUUGUGGAGAAAGAGGUGGAUCUGAGCGUGGUGCCUGUAGGUAGGGUACAAGUAAAAAAAAAAACACUCAUACAGCAGUGUAGGAAUAUUUAAUAGUGAUGAGUGGAGUGCAAUAAGCUGAUGCUGAGAGUCAAAAACAAGGAAAGAUCGUUAAAAAAUGUCCCUGAGAUUGAUGCAUCUCUUCACGUUAUGCAUCAGUGAUGAGCAGCAUUUCUUUUUUUCUGUGCAAUUUGCAGUUAUGUUGGUAAUGAUCGAAUAAAUCCUGUAAUAAUUCCUUUACAUCCUGAAAUAUUAAAGGGAUAUUCCGGCGUAAAAUUAAUUUAGGGUCAAACACACCGGAACACCGAGUUAGACAUCCCCUCCAGAGAUGAAUGUUGACGACCGCUUGCUUCUCUAGUUAAACCAACUUAAGUAACGACCGCAGGAUAGCAAUAUACAGUGGUCUAUAGAGCCAUAAACAAACCUCAACGAAAACGCCACUCUAUAACCACAAAUAAUGAUCAGAACAGCACCUAACUUCAUCAACAGGACAUAUAGAGUCCCAGCCAUAGUACUAGACACCAAACAUCUUUUUAACUUUGCCUAAUUUCUUUAACAAAGAGACUAAACACAACUCACCUACUCUCUUCCAGCCCCCUUUGAAAUCUGACUGGCCACCCCAGAUGUCAUGAGACAAAAACAUGAGCACACUGGAACCAUAAACCACAGAAAAAAUGUAUAAGAAAGUAGGAAAAUCAACUACACUGCAUGUUCUUUGAUUUGUAAUCUGGGCAGUUUAGUGUAAAAAGCAAAAGAUGCUUUACAGCUAAGAGUUUUCUUCAGCGUUCUUGAAUGCAACCCUGAAGUCCUAAACUCUUACUGGUUAUUUGUCACAUCGGAGAUGGGAUUUAUUAGCCUGGAAUUUAUAAUCCAUAGGGGUCACUUGGAAUAACACAACACGAAAACCUCUAACAGCCACUCAAACCAAAUAAACUGAAGGUUAAAUUAAAGCACUUCCUCCACAGGGACAUGUAUGUAGCUGCUGUGGUUGCCAAGUCAUGUGUACUUGUUCUCAGGUAAUAGUAGCUGAAAUUUCAUCACCAGAUAUAAAAAUAUCCUCGAAACAACUUUCCUGUCAGAUACUCAGUGUCUCUGUAGGAUGAUCUCUGAUUUUAAAGCGGCUAAACCUCCAUGUUUGUCGAAGCACGUGCACAAGAGCGAGGUUUUAUUCCUGGGGCACAUGCCUUGUCUUAACCGCUACAUUGUUGGUUCCUGUUUCCCAGCCAAUCGGGAGCUGACGUCCGUGAUCGCAGAGAUUAUGAUGUUCGUGCUGAUCGUGGUUCUGCAGCUGUGGCUCAUCAUAGUGAUGAUCUACUGUUACAAGAAGAUUUCAGAGGAGCAUGAAGCUCGGGAGGCCCGAAAGGCUCUAAAGACUCAGGCAGGGUGAGCCGCUGAUCUUUUUAAUGCAGGGGAUUAAUUUUAGGAUGACAUUUCUGUAUUUAACCAGGACACAAUGGACAGAUUAUACCACUCAAUUGAAUACAGUAUGUUUGAACCAAAAAUUAACAUGUCCUCUUUAGUUUUGUUUUCUAUUUUAGGAUGAGAAUAAAUUUUUAAAACAUGUAUGUGUAUCUUUUCAGGAUUAAUUAUUGAUUUCAUUCCUCUGUUUCUCACAUCUUGACGAUUGCGCUCUCAUUUUUUUAUUUCCAGGUUGUUAGAAUCAAAAGACAACUGUGACGGGGUGCAGCUGGAGUAAAUAUACCAGUGAGUGUCAGAUACUUUAAAGCCUACACAGAACCGGAUUUAGGCUUUUCUGGUGUUUAUUCUUUGAGUGCACUAAUCUCAAAACUUCUUAUCCAUCAGGUGAAAAACAUCCUCACUGCAAGAGCCAAGCUUCAUUUCUGCAAACAAAGAGAUAGUUUCUCCAAGGGGCUGGUGACGUGUAAUCGUGUGUCUGAGGGCUUCAACUACCUGCAUCGUUUAUCUUCUACCAAGAAAGUAUAAUCUGUAAAAAAUGCAGUUUGUAAAAUACGAGCUCAGGGAAACAUGAAGAAAAGCUGGGCUUAGUGUAGUCCAGGUCCCCGUACUGACUUUUAUAUAUCUUCUUAUGACACAGCUGAUGCAGAGAUUCAACUUUUGACUAUUUAAACAGAGAGUUUUUACAAAUGUGUCUUAAAAAUCCCAGAUACUUCACUUGUAUCUGAGAAGUCUUUAAACCUCAUGUUCAAGUUUGACAGUGACAGCACUUCUUUACCAGCUUUAGUGAGUCUUAAUGAACUUGUUCUUACUCGUGGUUUUUAAUGGGUCUUAUUCCCAGACUGUUUCUGU